AUGGGUAGCUUUACAGCUGCCCGCGACGCGCUGCCACCUAGCGGCGGGAAGCGGAAGCUGUGCGCGCGGCGCGCUCUGCGCCAAUCGGCGGCCGCCGCGGGCAGACGGUGCUGCCGCGCGGCGGCGGCGCAGCGGAAGCUCGGCGGUGCCGCAGCGCGCCUGCCGGCAGUCGUGCUGCGACCGCCGUGGCUGGCGGACGUGCGUGCGCUGCCGCGAGGUGCCGUCCCGUCCCGACCCGACCCGACGCGACCCGAUGCGGCUGGUUCGCUCGGGCGCCGCGGCGCUUUGAGGCGGCCGCGAUGCCACCGGCGCCGCCGCCGUCGUAGUAGCGGGGCGUCGUGUGCCGUCGAGCCGGGGGCGGAAGGCGAGAGGUCUGGGCGCUCCGGAGGCGGCCAUGCGCCGGCCAUGACGGCGCCCGUGCCGCUCGCAGUGAUGACGCUGCUGCUGACGACGAUGGCGGCUCGCGGGGCCGCCGCCUCCCAGGCGGCCGCCGUCGCGGCGCCGCCCCCAGGCGAGGCGCCGCCCCCAGCCGCAGCCGCGCCGCGCACUCGGCUGGCGGGCCCCCGCGGCGCCGACGACGACUACGAUUACGGCGAGGAGUACCUGGAGGAGGAGCAGCCGGUGACCGGCACGGCCUCUGGCCUGGGGCAGUACCUGGGCGCGCCGUGCGUCGACGACUGCAGCCCCUCUCUGCCACACACCUUCUGCGACCCCGUGACGCAGGUGUGCGAGUGCGAGAAGCACUACCCCGUCAAGCUGGGCGCCACCAAGGGCUGCGCUAAGCCGGUGCGGCUGGGCGAGCAGUGCUUCUACCUGGCGACGUGCACCUACACGGACGCGCACGCCGAGUGCAAGCAGAUCGCCCACAACGCCAUCUGCCAGUGCAAGCCCGGCUACCACGUGGUCGCGCGCCAGCGGCCCACCAAGAAGGUCUUCUGCUCCGAAGACCUGGUGCUGCUGACGACGGACAUGCCGACGCUGUUCGGCGUGGCGACCGGGCUGGCCAUCUUCACGGCGCUCAUCUGCUUCGUGCUGAAGCUGUUCAGCAGAGCCAGGUACUCCCGGCCGCGGCACUACGCCAACGCCAACCUGGCGCCGCCCAUCCUCUUCUCCAGCGAGACCGGGAUCCCGCUGGCGGUGCACGGGGGUCGUCCGCCGUCGCGGGCCUCCAGCCAGCGCAGCGCAGGCACCGCCGGCUCCUCCACGGGCGGCUGCGGCUUCGCGCCGCCGCGGCGAGCCUCCAGCGACGGGCUGGUCAGCCUGGCGGGCACGGCGCGCGCGUGCGCGUCGCGCGGCGUCGCGGUGCCGGCGUCGCGGGCAGGUUCCCGGAGACCCAGUCUGGCGUCCAUCCACUCGAGCGCGUCCUCGUCGCGCUCCAUGAGCUUCAGCAUGCGCAAGUUCGAGCGCGAGAACCAGCAGCGUGAGGAGCGGCGGCUGCAGCUGCUGGCCCAGCAGCAGGAGCAGCAGCAGCAGCUGCUGGAGAUCCAGCAGAAGCAGCAGCAGCAGCAGCAGCUGCAGCUGCGCCAGGAGCCGCAGCAGGCGGCGCAGCCCCACCAACAGGCGCCGUCGCCCAGUCCGCGAACGCCCAUGAGCACCGACGAGCUGCUGCCCGCCGUCUCCGAGGUCAGGGAUGAGGCGCUGUACAACUCUGGUUCAUCCAGUGCCAGCAGCAGCCACGUGCAGUCAGCCUACCAGGGGCCGUGCACCUCGACCGAGGCAUCGCGCUAGCCGCUCGCGACACCUCGCCCGCACCGCCGACUCCGCAGCUAGUCUGUCCGCCGGACCUGCAGGGGGCUCACUUCUUCACCCCGUGGGCUCUCUGCCGGUCGGAAGACGUCUGUCGGGUGCUUCGUCCAGUUACGCGGCAGAGGUCACUACGCCUCGACAGUGGCACGUUCUGUAACGUGGAGAGUUAUGGUGGGAGUUUGUAGUUUACAGGGCAGGCAGACACAGUACAGUAACUAAGUGUACCGUAAGUCUUUCUGAGAAGCCUUUGACCCCGUGUCACGUGACAAGGGGUGCUACUUUCGCUAAAGAUAAACUCGACACUUGUGGGACAAUCCAAUAAUUCACCAAAUAACUCACAGAUUAGCAUGAGCAGAGGAUAAAUGCCAUUAAAACUUUAUACACUUCCAGUGCGAUAUACAUUAGAUUUUCAGUGGCUCGUUUCACUUCUCGAGAACAUGCGACAGACUCGUCACCCUUAACAGUUACGCUUCUGUCCAGGAGAUAACCCACAUAUACACCGUGGUCUAAUACUGCAUCAGUGACAAAUUGUGCAACUUUCAUGGAUUUGUGUAACAUAAUUUUUGAGCAGAUAUUUAUUUUGACCAUAAUGACUAUAUCAGGCAUUCUCACAUUCUGUGUUUAAAGGACUUUCCAUUGAACUAUGAAUGCUAACAUUCUGUGUGUUGCCUGCAGGCCUUGUGCAACUCUGUGGGAGAUAACACUAUAUCUUUAACACACACACCCCCCCCCCCCUUUCUCUCUCUCUCUCUCUCUCUCUCUCUCUCUCUCUCUCUCUCUCUCUCUCUCCCCCCACCUCCCACUUCUCACCUCUACUCUGAAACAUUGAGAAUAGAGCGGUAGCAUAAUGACAAGAAAGGAUGUUCAGCACAAUACUGAAUCACAGGGUCAGUAUAACUGAAAUAAAAAUCAAACACGGGUGGGAAAUUAGAAAAGUAAGAACAUGUUCCUCAUAAAACAAAGACCCAUUACAUGGAAGGAAAAUCAAACAUAGGAGAUUUUAUUCUCUCAGUGACCACUGAUAACUUCAAAUUCUCCCCCAGAUGAAUGUGUUGACAUUUGUCUUGAUGUCUUUCCCCACUACUUGACUUUCUGCCCUAUUUAAUGUUAAACUGGGUUAUAAGAAGUAAAAUGCAGUGAUGUAGACUACAGAUAUUUCAUUGUUUCUACAGUAUUCGAAUGAAAAUAAUCCAGUAGUAUCGCAGAUUCUAAAAGCUGUUAUACACUAAAUACUAUUAUGUGAGAUAUAUAGUAACUUCUGUACAAGGAGUAACCAGUGAGAUUCAGUGGUGACUCCCAGAGAUUUUGUAAAUCACAAGUGGCCUUAUUCCAUGAGGGCUAAGUGGAGAAUAUGGAUUCUCUUCAUAAAAUGCACCAAUACAAUCCAACAUCAUGAAAUAAAAUGUUAAUAUGUGGGUAGUGUAGCAGCUGAAAUGGAGAUAUUUGAAUUCAGGUUUUGUGAAUGCAAAUAACCAAGAAUAUUUUUGAUGGUAGAGUCCAACAGCAAGACAGUAGAACAUAUGUAAUUUUUUGAUGUGUAGACAUUAACAAAUUUUGCAAACUAUCCACUAUCUUGUCAGUAAUGUCAUAUUUAAUUUUUUUAGCAAUUGACACACAUUCUCUUACAGGCACAUAAUUACAGUGAUUCUUUUCAACUGUCUUGAAAUGUAAUGCAAAGGUGGGAAUUCUGAGUUGUGCUAAGAGACCUUCAAACAUACAUUCUUUAUAAAUGGGAGCAUCUAUAACAUAUCAGAGCACGCCAGAUACUUUAAAUGUUUGAUCUGAGUAUUUUGAGAGACCUAUGGUGCAAACAUCAUCUGUGACACAAUGUGUCCGCACUGGGAGAUGGCAGUCCCUUUUAAUGGAAAAAAAUAUGUAGUUCCUUGAAUUGUUUCAUGUACCUGAGAUAAUGUACAUUUCAAAAGACUUAUCAUUUUGAGAUCUUCUAAUAGGUUGUUUUGACACAUAUCAUUACAAUCCUAGUUUUGAUUAUGUCCACGAGGUCAUUUCGACAUUUAGGAAAGUUAUGUUAAAAGAUAUCCACACAAUUUUCUGAUCUAAUAUCCAGUUAAUACAAAAGGUCUGGUCUCAGAAUCAUCACAUUUCAAGGUUUAGAGAGAUCAUACAUUUGCAUGUAAACAAUAUUAUAUGCCAGUUAUGAAAUGCAAACCACAUAUGAAGUGAUAUUAAGAGGAGGAGCUGUAUUCACUAGCCAUUACACAAAGUUAGUGAUGCAAAAUGAAAAUAUAAUUUUUUGGUGUUGUCAUUGUGGUGGACAAUGUCAUUUCAAAUGGUCUCAAAAAUAAUUUACUUUAGUUAGUACUCUGUUGUGCCACUUAACAUUUAACACAAUUCCAGAAAUGAUAAACAACUUUGAUUCAUACAUCAGACUUUCUGGUCUGAGAUGUGUUGAAAUUAUUUCAUCUUAAAAUGACAGGCUUUUUUCUUUCCUCAAUUACUGUAAUGCUGUCAAACGCCACAAAGGUUCACACAUAGGUAUGUUACUAGAAAUCUCUUUCUCACUGCCCCUAUAAGCAAUUCUCCUUUUUUAUUUUAUUUUAUUUUUUUCACAGUUUUUAUGACAUAAAUAGAAGUCCAGCAAUAAUCAUUAGAAGUGUUUGUAGCUUUACACUUAAAAGGACCAACAGUGCUUUCACUAGGCUUAAAGUUGUGUCAAAGAUACAGAUAAGUUUAUUUUUUCAUAAUUUUGCUGACAAUCAAGAGACCCUCAGCUACAUUUUCACAGUUACUUUCAAGCUCUGUGGCCUGUUUCUCACUACUACUGCAUAACUGCCGUUGCUAUCCAAAAAUAUUUUUUACUUAACAGUUGAGAACAUAUUUUCUACUUGUUACUUUUGUGCAUUCUGUAUAUUACCUAUCAUAUGCUCAUACACUAGAAUUGUGUUCUGUCACAGGUGUCCAACUCCGUCUGUGAAGCAAACAUGGUUUGAGCAUGUUCUGAAAAGGACUUUUCUCAUAACUGCAAAUUCAAAAUGGCUGCAGUAAUCUUCAGAUUCACUGUCUCGUAAUUCAUCAGCAAACUGUAGGGUGUACUGAGACUCGCCCUGUCACUGGUGCAUUUCAAUAAAUUUUGUGAUUGCUUGUGCCAUUCAGUAAUGUUGUCAACAUUACAUAGGAUAGAAAACAAAAUCUCUCUCACAUGAGUGGUGUAUUUGAGGGCUUUACUGUUUAAUGUUAUCCACUGUCACCUGCUUGUCACUGAGACACACAAAAGUAUACAAGUAAAAGAAUUGCUGUUAUCAUAAAAACAAGAACAUUUUGGGUUCUGUGACCCCAUCACACAAUUUUCAGUUCUGUUGUAAUCUUAUUGAUUUUGUUGUUAGAGUUUUAAAUAAUAUAUAUGGUAGAAGCAUUUAAACACACAGAAUUCUGCAUGUUAAAACACUCACCAUACCUUCAUGCACUGGCCACUAAGACACACAACUGCAUAGUGUGCCCAGUUAAGUCUACUAUGCUGCUUUGCUCUGUCAACAGUGAACGUGAGACAUGCAAAUCUUGUUUGUUUUCAUCAGAACUGCUCACUUCAACUGGACAAACUAUUUCAUAUUUACAGAAGUGAAGCUGCACUAAUCUGGAAACACCUCAACAGAGGGUCACAGAGCCCAAAAAAAUCACUGUUAUAAGAUUUUAUUUUCUACUGAAGAUACGUUUAUAAAGUCAUGUACAGAUUCUCCAUUAUUUUUUAGUUAUUCGUGGUAUGGUACCUCAAUGCCAGAUUCUCAUGUUCAGUGCCUGCACUCUUCCAAGUGCCCAGUGUGACUGCAUUUCACAGUCUGACAGCAAUUUGCAACAUGGGACUGCCUCUACACAAUCCCUGUCAACAGGACACACUCUUGCUAAUUGCGAAGAAGUUCUUUGACAAAAGGGGAAAAAUAACAUAAUGGCAUAAAUGACUGAACUGCAGCCUAAGGAAUGUUUCAGAAAUAAAAUGUGUUUCCAAGCCCCUCCCUGGCACUCUGUCAUAUGGUGUUGCUGAAAGUUCACAGUAUUUUCUGACAGUGGAUACGAGCAGGGGUCUGCACAGGUAAGAGAUCCGCACCUGCACGACCCUCAUCCCCAACCGUAAGUCUUUUUGAUGAUUGUCUGGGGAUGUUGAAAUACUGUAGCUCAUUCAGUACAGCUGAGCUCCGAGGGUAGGCUUGAACCUGGGCAGAAUUUUCAUCUGCCAGAAUCUGAACUUCAUAAUUUACAUUCUGUUGACUAGAAUCCUGAAGGCCAAUCAUGGACACGCGUAAAAGGAAUGUAGUCUCUCAAAUUUUGAUAUGUUCUGUAACACACUUUGCUGUAAUUACCAAAAUGAGUUUUAUGAUAUCUUGUGCAGAACAUUUGUGCAACAUUGGAAAGUCAAUGAAAAUGUGUUAGAAGUUACUGUCUAAUUUUAAUACUGUUUAAUAUUGGCCCUAUAGUUCAUUUACCAAAUGCGAAUAAUUCAUCAUAAUAUCAAAACGUGCCACCGUACUACACUUCUUAGUGUACUAAGCAUUACAACAUUUACAUGUAAAUAUAUUUAAGAGAAAUGGUGGUACAUUCAAUCAUUUGACACCAAACAUUAUUUAUAUCACUGUGAUACACAAAUAAGUCAGCCCACCAAGUGGAGAUUACAAUGUAUGGAGUGUUAGUUUGGGGCAGCUUUCAGUAGUUGUGUAAACUAACUGAGCUGCUGCAAGUGAAGCAGGAAUUACCGACGUAAGGCACACACUCGUACAGUGGAAUUGGCAUGUACAUGUACAUUUAACUGAUUGAAAGACCAGGGAGAUGGACACGGUGCCAUCUCUAGUCCUCACACACGUCGACAGUGCGUCUACCCUCUACGGGGCAACUGAGCUAAUACAUUGGCACUCUGUUCUGAAUGGCCAGUAUUUGUCGAACAAUUUUCCUGACAUUUCACUGGUUCGAGGGACUGGCAUUUUUGAGAUACACUCUCCGUUGCUGGUGGAGGACUGUAGUUAGCCUGUAGUCAUAGAUCAUAUCCAAUCUGCAGGGGGACAUUUCCGUGGUCAUUAACACUGUACUUCCUCAUCUGUUAAUUGCAAUGGUUGUCCAUUGUUGCAGUGCAGAAAACUAGGAUUUUGUACAUCUUUAAGCUCUCUUCCUCCUUAAUAUAACUAUUGUCACGUUUAUGAACUUCAGCGGCUUCCCUGACAACAAGAACCUGUGUGUCAGUGUAUUUAGUUGUGUGGUCUGUCUCACACGGCAUGUGCUGUGCCGUAGCCAGUUCCUCAACCCGUCCCAACCUGCAAUACACUUCAUGUUAGUAGACCCUAGCACUGGUGAAUCGUACAGCUGUUCCGACAAAGACUUUUCCCCAUGUACACAGUAUGUGGCACAGUCCUGACAUCAGCAAAGAACAUAAGGCAUUCAGUUGCAGUCUCAUACAUACUCUGACCUCUUACAACGUGGGAAGUAUGUGACAUACUAUACAGGUACGAAAGAGUCUGUGUUGCAAUUAUUAUGUCUUACCUAACACAAUUAGCUCCCCCAGCUUAUUCGUAAACAGAGCAUCACCACCACUUAAAAAUAACAAACUAGUAUUUGGUUGACACACUGUGAGG